GCUAAGCGUUUCCAGUAGGACCGCGGGAAGGGGGCAAGUCGCGCCGAAUUAUCUGGGCGCCAAGUCAAAGGUGCCGGCAGCCGAGCACCCACGGCCUGCCUGAGUCGGCGAGGAGCAACAUGAAGGGAGACAAAGGUUCACACGUUACCGGCGAGGAACAAAUCGGCGACCUCACACGUUGGAGCAAUUUCUACGGUUCUACCGUUUUCACAAGGGGUUCGCUUUCAAAAACAUUUUGCCCCUUCCAUUUACUCUUGGUGCCUGGGAAGGUCUAGGUGUCCAAGUCGAAGAAGGAAAUGUUAGAUAGUACCCUUUUCUUGUCCGUGCAUAUAAAGUUGAUAAACAAGAAUCGUUUCGCUGAUAUCAGAGAGGAAGAAUCUAACAUUAGUAGGGACUGAUAGAAAUGGAAAGAGUAGUUGGCGAUCAGAAAAGACCAUCGUCUUCAGUGCCACCAUAUGAAGAGGGUAGGAGUGAGUUUGAGUUUGAUGUGUUCAUAAGCUAUGCAAGGGGAGACAGAGACAAGGUCUUUGCAGGUGAGCUCAAUAAAGUCCUCAAACAGAGAGCAGUCCGAACAUUUUUCGCGGAUGAAGAAGAAAGAGAGAAUGAACGGGAGAGUAUGGGGGAAGUAUUUGCUGCCAUAGGGAGAUCACAAAUUUUUAUACCAAUAUUCUCGAAGUGCUAUGCUAAUUCAAGGUGGCGGCUUAUGGAGAUUGCAAACAUAGUGAACUGCAAGCGAUUAAUCCUUCCUGUGUUCUUUGAUAUUGAUCCCAAACAUGUCAGGAGCCAAGAGGGACCAUUUCUAGUGCCAUUCAAGAAACAUGAAGAGGAUGAUGAAUCAGGGAAAGAGUUAGCCAGAGAAUGGAGAAAUGCAUUGAGAACUGCAGGGGAGAUCAAAGGUUAUGAUGUCAAGAAUGAGGCGGCACCUGGGCAAGAACAAAAGUUUAUCCACUUAAUUGUCAAACGGGUUCUUGAUCAAGUCAACAAGAUUCCUCUUGAUAUAGCUAAAUAUCCAGUUGGGCUUGGACCUCGUUUACAUCAUCUGUUGAAGUUGUUGGAUCUGCAAUCUUCUGGUGUUCGGAUGGUUGGAAUCUGCGGAAUGGGUGGCAUAGGGAAGACCACCCUUGCAAAAGCCAUGUAUAAUAGAAUUUCUUCUAAAUUUGAAGCUGCAUGCUUCUUUUCAAAUAUCAGAGAUGCAGCAAAGCAGUACAAUGGACUCAUUUCUCUCCAAAAGAGCUUAGUUACAGAAAUUUUUAAUGACAAGCAUGCACAUAUAGGCAGUAGUAGCCAAGGCAUUAAUUUGCUGAAAAGACGAAGCCGCUGUAAAAAAGUACUUAUUGUGCUUGAUGAUGUUGAUGACAAUGAUCAGCUUAAUGCAUUGGCUGGCAGUCCAGAGUGGUUUUAUACUGGAAGCAGGAUUAUAAUUACAACAAGAUAUAGUCAUGUACUACAUUUACAUAAGUUGAAUGAACAUGACAUUUAUCAGCUUGAGGAACUCAGUUUUUUCGAAUCACUGCAGCUAUUCAGUUAUCAUGCAUUUGGAAGAGCUGUACCCAUGGAAGAAUACGAUGAGCUAAGUAAGGAAAUUGUGUCAAUUGCUAGCGGGCUGCCAUUAACACUUGAAGUAUUAGGGUCUCUGUUAUUCUACCAGAACAGUUUAGCAGAUUGGGAACAAGUGUUUCACAAAUUAAAACAGACUCAACCUGAAGACAUCCACCAGAGACUGAGAAUAAGUUAUGAUGGACUUGAUGAUAUGGAGAAGGAAAUUUUUUUGGAUAUUGCCUGCUUUUUUAACAGAAAGAGAAAAGAAUAUGCACUUUGGAUGUGGAAGGAUUGUGAUCUCUUCCCAAGUAUUGCUCUCACAGUUCUGUUACAGAAAUCUCUUAUUAAGGUUAGUGAGAAUAAAGACAAAUUUGAGAUGCACGAUCAAGUUGAAGAGAUGGGAAGACAGAUUGUUCGAGAAGAAGGAUUUCCUGAGCUGCGCAGCAGGUUGUGGGAUGCUGAUGAGUCACUGAAUGUGCUACAAGGCCUCAAGGGAACAAGCAAUAUUCAAGGCAUUGGUCUCCAAUUACCAAAGAACAACAUGGCACAUUUAACCACAGAAGCUUUUGAAGCAAUCUGCAAACUUAGACUGCUUCAUGUGGAUAAUGUGAGGUUUGAAGGUGAAUAUCAACAUUUUCCUAAGGCACUAAAAUGGUUGGAAUGGAAAGGAUGCCCUUUGGAAUCAUUGCCAUGUGACCUUCAUCUUGAAAAAACUAUUGUCCUGGACCUAUCCUCUAGCAUGAUAACUCAAGUAUGGAAGCAACAAGGACUGACGACCAUGGCCUUUGAUAAAUUGAAAGUCCUCAAUCUUCACAAUUGUGUGAAUCUCACUAUUUGUCCAAAUUUUAGUAGCCUCCAAUCUCUAGAGAAAUUGGUACUUGAUCACUGUCAUAAGUUGGCUGCAGUUGAUGAAUCUAUCGGACAUCUUAAGCAUUUGGUUUACUUGAGUAUGAGAAGUUGCUUGGCUCUGAAAGAAGUACCAAAUGGUAUUUGUCAGUUGACUUCUCUUCAGAUGCUUGAUCUUUAUUUUUGCCCCAUCAUAAAUUUGCCUGAAGAGAUUGGGGAUUUGCAGUCAUUGAAACAACUCAUCCUUGAAGACACAGAGAUAAAUACUCUUCCAGUCUCUAUGUCAAACAUGAAAAAACUUAUUUUUCUAUCUCUGAGAAGGUGCAAAUCUCUAACAGAGCUACCAGAAUGGAUUGGGAGAUUGGAAUCUUUGAGAGACCUAAUAUUAGAAUUUACUUCCUUGAAAAUGAUGCCUGCAUCUAUUGGCUGUUUGGUUAAUCUCCAGACGUUAAAUGCUAUAUUUUGCAGAUUCCUUUUGUCUUUACCUGAUUCAGUUUGUAAUCUAAAAAACCUUAGGAAACUUGAAUUAGAUGAUGCAGUCAUUCAAAGGGUGCCUACUUGUAUAGGAUCAUUGGAAAAGCUUGAGGUACUGUCCAUGGCACGAUGCACUGAGCUUGAAGCUCUAUUACCAUCUAUUGGAUUGUUGAAAAAUCUCAAGAGAUUAUCUGCUAGUGGUGAUGAGUACAUUUGCAGUAGUCUUAAAGAGCUUCCUGAAGACAUUGGGGAACUCAACAAUUUAAUAUAUUUGGACAUAAGCUAUAAUCCUGAUCUUGCUGUCGUUCCUUCUAGUUUCUUUAAUCUUAGCUCACUGGAGAUACUGAAGGCUGCUGAUUGUAACUGGAUACGGAAGGUUGACAUUGACAGCUUAGGUAAAUUGUCUUCAUUAAAAGAAUUAGACUUGAGAUUCAGUGACGGCUUCUGUAGCUUGCCAUCGUGUAUAGGUGUGCUUCCUCAGCUUGAGAGGCUAGAUUUAGAAUGCUGUGAAAGUCUUCAGUUCCUCCCUCAACUUCCUCCCUCACUAGUCAGGCUUUCUGCAAGGUGUUGCUCUGCUUUGGAGAUUAUGUCUGAUGUUUCAAACUUGAAGGGCUUACAGGAAUUGGAUUUAAGUGGCUGUGAAAAGCUUAUCGACAUUCCAGGCCUUGAAAAUUUGGGCUACUUGAAGGUUGUGAAGCUUGGAAGGUGUAGAAGCCUCUCUGAUACUCAGAGGUACAGAAUUAAGGAAGCAAGCUUUCGACAUUUGUCUGAGUUCUCAAUCUCUGGAAGUCCAACUCUUGGUCGCUCUUUGGAUGCACGGCUGCUCUCUUUCUUUCUUCACAAGAGGUUGCAGUGUGUCAGUUUGUACUUGGAAAUUAGCGGAAACUUUGAAGAUGGGGAGGGAAUACGUGUUCAUGUUGACGUUGUGAAGAAUCAUUAUACCAUAUCAGAAGCUGUAAGUGAAGUUGCUCUGUGCAGGGACCCAUUAAAGUUAGGUAGAAACGAGCCUGUGCUAAUCAAGCUUCAAGAGAAUGAAAGGACGAAAGGUUAUGCAGAAAAUGACCAUGGGAUCAUGCAUGUGUCAAUAGACAGGGGCCUGCUUAUGGGGGCUGAUGUGAAAUUAGGUGCAGAUGAGAGUUUUGCCGAUAGUUAUAUUGAGUAUUUACAGCAUGGAAACUAUUCAUUCUAUAGGUAUGAGGCGAUGGACAUCUCAGUUGAUGGUAGUUCUCAGAACACUAGGUGGUACUGUAGGCUGGUGUUUGAGCAACAGUUGGAUUGGUCCAGACUGCACCACCCUGAAGGGCUCUGGAGGCGCCUCUGAAAGUGAACCUGAGGAACUCCAGCCUCCAGGCCUUUUCCAUUUGCGACGGGGGUUCAGGCAAGUAUUAAGCUUCUGAAACAUGGGAUCCUUUGAUUUUGUUGAGGAGUGAAUGGCAUCAUCAGGUUGGCAUCAUCUUACCUGCUCUUCAACAUAUUUUGGCUUCAUUUCAUGGCUGGUCGUAGAGACCUUCCUCCACAAGAAGAUCGACGUCAUUCCCAAAUUGCUCCUCCAACUCCACAAAAUGUCGCGAAGUCUCUGCACCAGCACCGCUCUGAAUUCCGUCCAUUCCCGGAAAACCAAAAGCCAAGCCGUUGU